AUGUUAUUUUCUGCCUCAAACGUUCAUCCAUCAAUGCACACGUCUUACAUCAUGAGCCAAUCCCGCUCGCCACUUCCCUCGCCAAAAGUGAGCAGCGCGCGGAAAGUCUCAACGAUUUCUUCGCCCGCUUGCACUCCGUUUGGCAACAAUCCACAAUUGGAACUCCUCCUAUUGUCAAUGUUGAGGGGAUACGAGUGUCCAUGUGAAGAAAAAGUUCGCCUUUGCGCGGAAAUCUCCGAAUUGAACGAUUUUCAGAAGCUCGACUUGAUCAAAUUUCUUCGGGAAAUCGCAGCUGUUCCAGCCGUCGAGGACAACGCCUGCAAAAUGCUCGUCUGUUCACCAUCACAAUUUUGUCAGGCAUUCGACGAUGGGUGUUGCGUACAGAAAUUGAUUCAACUCUGGGAUCGCUUGUACAAAGAAAUCAUUCCCACGAUGGAGGAUAUCCUUUUCCCGUUGGCGGAUUGCUUGGAAUCUUUCUGCAUUCGCUCACUUCUCUUGCAACUCUUCCGUGAUCGUGUCUUGCGCAAAUGCUUGGAACCGAUCGAUUACAGAAUCCGGGAAUUGGAGCCAAUCCUUUUCACUUUGCUAAUGGAAACAGAUGGGACAGAAGGCUUCGAAGAGUUCUCGACCCUGGCCCACAAAGUGAUGGGCGCUGCGGAGAAAGUCGAGAUGGAGCCUUGCUUCCCAACAUUUUCCUGCACUGGUCCGAGGCGUCAAAUGCGUAAAGCCUCGUCGGCGGAGAUGGUGAAAAUGCGCUCGAAAACGUUGCCCGAGAACAAGCGCAAAAGCGUUCAGUGGACCGAUUUGCGCAAGAGUAAAACAGUGUCCAAUUUC